AACAUGCUAGGUGCGUUCCAUUGCAAGGAGGGUCGGGGGGGAGCGCGCGCUCGCGGGCGCGGCUGCUCCUGUCUCUCGCGGAACUUGAGGCAGCUGACAGGCUCUUCACCUUGGCUGCCGGCUGUGCGUUGGUGAAUUAUUUAACGCUUCGACGACGUCUGAAAAUGAAGUUUAAAUAAAAGGCCGUGUGUAUGUGCCACAUCACGCGUGAUAAUGUGGUGCGGUAGCUCAACUCUUGUUCCCAAGUCCAAGUUUAUGACCUGCCGAGAGGCUGAGGCGAGGUGAAGAUAAGGUCGAACCGGCGGCUCCUCGCGCGGCUCUGCCGCCUUUUCCACUCACUCGUAAACUAAAGCGAGCGGGACGGUCGGUCCGCUGUUAAGAAGCAGUAAUUCAUCAUAAGUUAAUAACGGAAUAGAUGGACUUAAUAAUUAAUUAAAUUAUGCCUUCAUUGAUUGCAAGCGCUGCGUGUCAUAUCUCAGUCAGUUGUGCUCGCCGGGUGUGUGUCCCAAUGAUUCCAAUGGCCAUUUUUCUUCUGGUGAAAACAGGAAAUCAUACUGUUUUUAUGACUUGUAAACUAACAAAGUUUCUUUCAUUUUUAUUCAAUGUAUAUGAAUGAAAUUGACGGAAGCAACUUUUUAGCUUUAGCCCACUUUCAGUUUAUCUCAUCUAACUUCGGAUAGUUUUCUCACCCCCUUUGUCUGCCAGGGUGAGAUGAUACAUUUACAGUGAUUUACCACUUCAUACAGCAGGUUAUUCUUACUGUUUCAGUUCAAGGUUGCACUUGUUCCUGGUGACUUGGAGGGUAAAAAGGAGCCGAUCAUAGAAGAUCCGGAGCAUGAUGUUUAUACUCGGUUUAUGAAAUCGCACCGCUGCUAUGACCUGGUGCCUACUAGUUCCAAACUGGUUGUCUUUGACACUUCAUUGCAGGUCAAGAAAGCCUUUUUUGCUUUGGUGUCCAAUGGUGUGAGAGCUGCCCCACUAUGGGACAGCAAAAAGCAGUGCUUUGUGGGGAUGCUCACUAUCACCGAUUUCAUCAAUAUUCUGCAUCGGUACUACAAAUCACCUUUGGUUCAAAUAUAUGAACUAGAGGAGCACAAAAUAGAGACGUGGAGAGAGGUCUAUCUGCAAGGCUCCUUCAAGCCUCUGGUCAGCAUCUCCCCCAAUGCGAGUUUGUAUGAUGCCGUUUCAUCCCUGUUGAAAAAUAAGAUCCACAGGUUGCCUGUGAUUGACCCGUUGACUGGGAACACACUGUACAUCCUGACACACAAGAGGAUCCUGAAGUUCCUUACACUAUUUAUUUCAGAAAUUCCCAAGCCAGCAUUCCUUGGAAAGACACUAGAGGAGCUGAAUAUUGGCACUUUCAACAACAUUGCAAUGGUCCGUGCCGACACACCCCUAUACACGGCACUGGGCAUCUUUGUGGACCAGAGGGUAUCUGCGCUGCCUGUUGUAGACGACAAAGGACGAGUGGUGGAUAUUUAUUCCAAGUUUGAUGUCAUUAACCUGGCUGCUGAGAAAACCUACAACAACCUGGAUGUGACAGUGACCAAGGCGCUGCAGCACCGCUCUCAGUAUUUUGAAGGCGUCCUCACGUGUCACAGGCAUGAGACGUUGGAGACCAUCAUCAACCGGCUUGUGGAAGCAGAGGUGCACAGGCUUGUGGUGGUGGACGAGGUGGAGGUGGUUAAGGGUAUCGUCUCCCUGUCAGACAUCCUGCAGGCCUUGGUGCUUACCAGCUCAGAGCAGGGGACUGCUUAAUGGAGGACACACAGAAAAAGGAUCUUCUACCUCUCGUUCUCAGUCAUGUGAAGGCUGGACCAUGGGAGAGACAGGGAGGUGGAAGCAAGUCUUUGAAAAAGGAAGGAAGCAUUUACCAAGUUAACUGAUUUCUGAGCUUGUUCAUUUAAACUCUUAUUUACCUCCACCUGAAAGAAAAGCAAAACAAGUCUUUUGGCUUUGAACACAGCAAUACACACAGCUGAUUGUGUGAAAACAGGCCAAAAGACAACUGAAACACUGGACCAGCAAGAACUGUAGGUGCAGACUAGGUGACUUCAUACAUUGCACAUUUGUUACGUUCUGUAAAAGUGUACAUGUAAUAUAUAGACAAGUGUUUUAAUCUUAUUAGCAAUAAUUCACUUUCCAUGCUUUCUUGAGAAACGCACAGAAAAAGAAUGGAGGGGUUAGUCAAUAUCCAUUUCUGGGUAAAGUAUGGAGAGCUUUUAUAUUUCAUCAGCAAACAUAUUAACCUCUCAACUGAGGGAGGGGGCACAGCAAGAGCCUCCAGUCUGGCCUGGAGAUUUGUGCUGAGCUUGUAUGCAGAAGAACUUGAAAAACUAAAGCAGUUGCCUAGUCGUUAAGUCGGAAGUUAGUGUUAUAGUUUAGAUUUUGUUUGAAUGACACUUUAUUUUUUAUGAAUUAUCUUUCAUUUAUUUGUUUGGCAUUUUUUCAGAGAAUUUUUUUUCUCAAGUGGAUUUAUUCAAAUUCCCUAGGAAUAGUUAUUCAUUCUUUUAUUCUUGUUCAUGCAUCUGUGUCUUUUUAUGAGGACAUUGUUUAGUCACUGGCCCAGUUGCAGUGGAAUGUCAGGAAGGGUGGAUAGGGAUUGACAGUUGCUGCAGACCAGGCCUCCUCUUCCCCUCCUUCCAACCAGAAUGUUAACACUCGGCCCGCUCAGAGCCUUGAGUGCAUUUUUGGCCCAGCGACACAGAGGUGAGUGUGACCUUGUACUGUAGGUUGGACUACAAGUCAGGCAUUAUCGUUAGCUAGUACUGCAAGAUCUGUUUCAUGUAUUAUGAUGCUGAAGUAUUAUCACAUUUGUUCCAAGGACAUUGCAGGCCAGCAUUUUCAUAUGGUCCUUCAUAUUAUUCAAUGCUCUGUGUGAGUGAUCAAAGGUUAUAGUCUGAGCAUUGGAGUUAACCUGACUGAUCAGAUAUUUCACUACAAGUUGCUUUCUUCUCUAUUUCUUCCCUCUUUCACUGUAUUUUCACCUCAGCUUGGAGGGUAAUUUAGAUCUGUUCUGCUUCAUUAGUCUAUUUUCCACAGGAAUUAGCCUGCAUACUUUUAUUUGUCACAUACAUUGGUUUCUUAUUUUACACACAAGGGAGGCCGCAAGUCUAUUUGUAACUAGUUUUGAAACCAAUUAUAGUGUUUCCAUAAACUCCCGUUCAGUGCCAGUUAUUGACAGAUUUAGCCUGUCUGUGUGCAUUUAAUCAACACUACCAUAAACAAGGGGGGCAAGUUGAGUUAAGGUAGUCCCACAUCUGUUUAGCCAUGCAUGUAAACACAAGGUUUAUAAAAGAUGCAUGAAGAAAAUAUGCAGUUGUCUAAAUUUUUAACUUGAACAGAAUCUUGUUUUAGAAGUGUCUGGAAUAUAGUAACUUUACAUCUGGGCAUAUCUUUCAUAUUACAUUUUUGUGUCUUAAGUGCUCCUUGCUGACCUAUUCUGUGCUUUAGCUCACUGUGAAGGAUACUGAAAGUCAUAUCUAGGCCUUUUUACCUUCUGUUGUCUGUCAUCCACCCAUAAUUCCUCUUGUGAUUUCAGGCAAAAUUAUUAUUCUGAGGAUAGUAGGGGUGAAGGAGGUGGUCUGAAGUAUGCCAAUGCAGGGGAUGUGAUGUUCAAAAAAGCUCCAGAAAAUUGUAGUUCAUGGCUUUUUUUUGGGGGGGGGUAAAUGUGGUUGUCUCCAGCUCGAGGAAUCGUAGAAUGUCACCGAGUAGUCCCGGUGUGACCUUAUUCAUUUAUGUAUCAGGAGUAUUCAGGCAGUUUUUGUUUCUGUAUUUACAAAAUGUAUAGUGGUAUGAUUUAUAUACUGUAUAUAAUACAUAUUCACUUUCUACUCAUGUCUGUAGUGACACAUGAGCAAUAAACUCAAUGUGAGCACUUCCUUUUCAGGGAUUAUAUUUUCUUCUUCCUUAAGAGAUAUGUUAAGUUUCAUUUACAAUAUGCAGCCAGUACUGCUUCAAAGCUGGUGUUCUGUAACCCCUGUGCUUAUCUACCCCUGCAGUCCAAGUAGGAUUGAUUUAUUCUGGCUUUUAUCCUGGAUUGUACAAGGAAAUAUGGGCUUUCUUCAUAAAAAGUUUAGAAAAAACCACCACACAGCUGUAAGAAAAUGCAUUUUUAUUGUAUCACCUAUUUACAUGUUUGCAAACUAGCCCUGAAAAGAUUUUUACAUGAAUUUUAAGUUCUGUCUCACCUAUUUGAGAUGCAUGGACACGAUCCAGGCGGUUCAGCAUGUGUAAAGCUGAAGAUGAUGGAAGAGGAGUUUGGAAAGGAUCAGUUCUACAUCCCCCUAAGCAGACCUGAACUAAGCACACAUUUAAAGCCUGGACCUCUCAGCUUGUCACUCAUUUAAUAAAUGAACAAAGCAAGCAAUCCUACAUCAUCCACAUACUGUUGUACCCUGCUAGCCCCCCCCCCCCCAUGGACCAAGGGCUUUUACCACAUUGAGUUCAUGUCAGCAACAAUUUCUGUUAAGUAUAUACAUACUAUUCUAAACAGACCCAAAUACAAUAAAAAAAAAAAAAAAAGCAAGAUUAAAUACAGCUACCGGGAGCUAAAGCCUCCUUGGAGAAGCACCAGCAUAUCCCCACUCUCAUACCGAGGGCCAGUGCUGACAAAGCCCUUAACUCUUUCAUUGAUGCAAGAAGUUCAAACCAAAGAGCUCUGAACUACAGCAGCAAUAAUGAAGCAAAGCUUUUUAAUAAUUAAAAAAAGAGGCUUUUCUUCAAACCUGGAGUGUACAGUGACUGCUGCUCCUACACGCCACUUGGCCCUGCAGAGAUGCAUUUAAUGGAGUGCUCUGCAAUAAGAACCAGGAAUACCAUACGCACAGCUAAUAGGGGUGCUCAAGUUUCCCAGCACACCUGAACAGAUAACCACAGCCAUGAGACAGGAUGUCAUAUUGAAAUGCUGUAAAAAGUGCAAGUACAUUUAAGCAUCAGUGAAGAGUUACGCCUGAAGGUGAGGUCACGCCCAUCUCUAGAAGGAACUCGUACAAGUUCUACAGCUGAAAAGAGCCUCCUGUAAAAUGUGUGCUCAACCUCUAAAGACCAGUACAGGCCAGAGUGCCAACAGUCACUGUCUUGUAAAACAGCACAACACAUGGACAUACCUGUUAGAACAAAAACUAUGAAAAUUCUGCAAAUUUAUCAUCGUAAUCAGCUAGACAUUGAGACAAUACUAACACCUUUCUGUAUGGCGGCAGCACCACACCACAUGCCCCCCCUGGUUCUCCAGAGCACCAGCUAUCAGGGACAGUGGACAGUAAGGGGUUUUAGAGUACAGUUGCACUGUCCCUCCUUCACCUCAAGAGCAAAGGACACCGACAGAAGCCUGAAUCGCUGCUCUGCAGUAACGCUGCUGAAGACAAGUUGUCAGUGGUUGUACGGACAGUAACGUUAAAACUACGACUUGCACUAAUUACACACAAAUGCUUUUUCCUCUUCACGCUCAGUUCGUUUUUUGUGCCUGCAACGGAAAUCAGAACCAGAAAACAAAGAUACAGUACAUCUGAGGCCCAGUUAAAAGGAGUGCGUAAUUACAAUUAGACACCCUUUCUUACCCAUGCAUUACCUUUACCAAGGACCAUUUUUGACAGAAAAAACUUGGGGCUAUAAAUUCUGGGAACAUAUUUAUAGUAGUCGACAACAUGCUACACACUUGAACCUAAUUCAGUGGUGGGAGGCUCAAUAUGACAAAUAUACUGCAGUUAUGUUAUAGAAACACAGAGGUACUGCUAAUUAUUGUUCAAAUACAGCCCAGUUUAUAAAGAAAUAUUACUUCCAUCUACAGAACUACAGUAUAAUAAAUACACAUACAAUACACAAAGCACCUCCUUUGAGUAAUAGAGAAACCCAGAGAGCUUUUUGCACAAAAGGACAAAGAUACAUCGAGGCAGCUUGUAUUCAAGUCAUAUUUGCUGUUAUGUAUACCUAAUGGAGCAUAUUAAUGUUUUCAAUAUUGGUUUGUUAUACAGAUACUCAUUUGUGGAUUUGGUUGUUAAGCUCUGUGACAAAACAAAGGGCUGGAACUACAGUCAUCAAGUGGAGAACAUAGCCCCUGUAUUGAAAGAGGGUAAAACAAGUGCAAGGAGCCUUACAUGUCGGCUUCAAGUGUCCAAAAGCGUAAGCACUAAAAACGCGGGGCGGGAAGGGGAGGGGGGAGCAGGACCUUCAAGUUUUACAAAGUUAAAAAAAAA